UCACAGAAGAUUUAAGAUUUAAGACAUCACACGUGCGAGAAUCUUCGAAUCUUCUCUUUUACCUUGACAGGUUACCACUUUUUACAGCACUGUUACAAAAAAAAAGAGAAAAUGACAAUAUGAAGUUACUUGAUGAAUCUUUCUUGCAUCUCUCAGGCCACGAAGAUUUUACCAAGAAAAUAAAAAAAAGAGUGAAAAACAUGGUGUCAGAAAUACUUGGAAACAACACCACAAGCCUGCUGGAAGAUUACAGAAUUGCUCUUCGGUUCUUAUACAUAUUUAUCUUUGUUGGUGGGACUCUGAAUGUUGUACUAAUGUCCUGUCUGCUACAGUCACAAAGACGUCUCUCUUUCACCAAAGUGUCUGUUAUCAACCUAAUAGCAGUCCACGCUGUUUUCCUUUUCACGGUGCCCUUUCGUAUUUACUACUAUUAUGAAGAAUCUUCCAGCUGGAGGCUGGGCAUGUAUAUGUGCAAAAUUGUCAGUGUUAUGAUCCAUGCCCACAUGUACCUUGCAUUCAUCUUUUAUGUCUUCCUUCUUAUUGUGCGUUAUGUGGAGCACUCCAGAAAGCAACAAAAGCUUGAGUUCCAUCGCUUGCUUCACGCCACAAUUGCAAGCGCAACUGUCUGGAUUGUCAUAUUGGGCAUUUUGCUCCCUCCAACUUUGAUUAACUAUGGAUCCAUGCAGAACGAUACUACCCAGUGCUUUCAUUUUGGUGAUGCUCUCAAAAUUCCUGCCGUGAAGACCUUAAACUAUGUUAUUUGCAUACUAGUGAUGCUCAUCUGGAGUGUUCUAGUAUUUUUCCAGAUUUAUUUUCUACUCUUCGUGAGUAAGAAAUUUGGAAAGGGCAAAUUCCAAUAUCAAGAGUUCAGGGCACAAUUGAAAAACGUUGUUUUCCUUUUGGUCGUAUUUUUAUGUUUUUUGCCCUACCAAGCAUUCAGAAUAUACUAUGUGUCCCUCAUAGUCACUGGUAAUUAUGAUGAGGAUUUUAGGCUUAAGUAUGGAAACGAAAUCUUUCUUGCUGUCACUGCUUUCAGCUGCCUUGAUAUGAUUUUUUUUUCUGUUGGGGAUAUACGUAGACGAAUUAAUUCAAGGGGAUGUAUGUGCUGUUCAUGAGAACUAUGUUGACUUUGAUUGCAUAUUUAUUUUGUUAUUAAUAUAUUGCUAUAAAUGAUUUCAAUUUUGUUUUGUUUAUUUUUGAUGCUUUUAAUCCAUAUUUGUCUCACGUGACAGAAUUGGUGAGCAAUUUAAUGACCUUGUAAUGUUCUGUACAUAAUAAGAUUCCAUGGGGUGUUUUCCUUUUCAGCUUUCAAGGAAAAACUUUCCAUUUUUCUUUACAACUUAAAGGCAUUAAAGUGAGUUGAUCUCAAAGUGCAUCUAUGUUGUCUUUUUAUUCUUUUUUGGUGUGUAACCUUUUUUCCGCUUUCUCUUGUUUGUAAAUUCUGUUUGCGAUUUAUUUAUUUUUAUCAUGAAUAAAACUGUAAA